GAUUUUCUCCAUUUAUCACAAGAGCUGGCUGUACCAGGAGAACUUGAAAAGAAUAUAUCCUUCGAGUUUGCAUUCAUAAAUGUUGCCAAGUCUUUUGAGUCUUAUUACGGGAACCAGGUGACGUUGAGAUAUUUAAUUCGUGUGGCAUUGGCCAGAAAACAUUUGUCAAACAUAACACAAGAAGCAGAUAUAUUAGUUUAUCAUUAUGCACAGUCAAAAGAAGAUCUCAUUAAAAAACUAAAGAUGGAGGUCGGUCUCGAAGACAGCUUGCAUAUUGAAUUUGAAUACAACAAAUCAAAAUAUGAUUUGCGGGAUGUGGUUGUAGGAAAGAUUUUCUUCCGGUUGGUGCGUAUAAAGAUUAAGUUAAUGGAACUAUGGAUUGUGAAACGAGAAACAAUUGAAUCUACCCCAAAUGCUUUCAAUGAAAGUGAGGCAUUGAUAAAGUAUGAAAUAAUGGAUGGUGAGCCAUUUCGUGGGGAAUUUAUUCCUAUCAGACUGUUCUUGGGUGGAUUAAGGCUGACACCUACAUUUAGAGAUAUCAACAAAAAGUUCUCUGUUAUCUAUUACCUUAGUCUUGUUCUAUAUGAUGAGAGAAAUAUGGGGUAUUAUAAACAGCAAGAAAUUGUGUUGUAUCGGCGCCAAGGUACAAUUUACAUAUUUUUACCCAAUGAAUGGAUACUUAUCAAUCCUAAUUUUCUAGUGGAUGAUGAACUUGUUGAUACCAUUUAUUAG